GCCUGUGCUUGAGCUCCCCCUUCGUCUCUCUCAGGUCCUCAACCCGCCUUUAUAAACCCGGAGCAGGAUUUCUAGGACAAUUCACUUCAUCCUCAAUAACCUACAGAAUCAUGUCUGGUCGAGGCAAAGGAGGAAAGGGACUCGGGAAAGGCGGCGCUAAGCGCCACCGUAAAGUUCUCCGUGACAACAUCCAGGGCAUCACCAAGCCAGCUAUCCGCCGUCUGGCUCGCCGAGGUGGUGUGAAGCGUAUCUCCGGUCUGAUCUACGAGGAGACCCGCGGUGUCCUCAAGGUGUUCCUGGAGAACGUGAUCCGUGACGCCGUCACCUACACCGAGCACGCCAAGAGAAAGACCGUCACAGCCAUGGAUGUGGUCUACGCCCUGAAGAGGCAGGGUCGCACCCUGUACGGCUUCGGCGGUUAAACAUGAUCACCUGCUCUCAAACAAAGGCUCUUUUAAGAGCCGCCCAAAUAUCAUGAAAAGCUAACCUGCAUUUAUCGUUCCUAUGUCAACGAUUCUCAUGUUAAUAAGAACAUGGAUUUUUACUAUCAGUUCUAACAAAUUAAUCCACUUAUCAACAUCGGUACUAA